AUGACUCGCCUUUUUCGAUCCAAAUCAUGCGGUGUAGCAGGUUUCAGCGUAUCUGAGUUCAACACUGUUGCUCAACAAGGAAAGGAGAAAGAAGAAAAAGAAGAAGAAUUGGAAAGUGAUGAUGACAAUGAUGAUGAUGAUGAUGAUGAGGAGGAGGAGGAGAAGUACUCAAGCAACAAUGUUUCGAGACAUUUCACGAAAGGAUCCAACAACAAUCAUCAAAACCAGUUUGCAAUAUUGGAUAUUGUUGUUGCUGCUCUUAAGAAAUCGCUUGUUACUUGCAGUGUGGAAAGAGAGGAUGUUUCUUCCUUAGAUAUCAGCUGGCCAACAGAAGUUAGACACGUGUCACAUGUUACUUUUGAUAGGUUCAAUGGCUUCCUUGGUUUGCCUUCUGAGUUUCAACCAGAAGUUCCUACAAGAGUACCUAGCGCAAGUGUGAAGGUAUUUGGAGUUUCUGCCAAGUCAAUGCAGUGUUCAUAUGAUGACAGAGGGAAUAGUGUCCCAACAAUUCUGCUGAGGAUGCAAAAGCAAUUGUACUCCGAGGGAGGUCUUCAGGCAGAAGGAAUAUUCCGUAUUACUGGUGAGAAUAGCCAAGAAGCGUUCGUUCGAGAUCAGUUAAACAAAGGCGUAGUUCCAAACGGAAUCGAUGUUCAUUGUUUAUCGGGAUUGAUCAAGGCUUGGUUUAGAGAGCUUCCAACUGGUGUACUUGAUUCCCUCACAUCGGAGCAAGUGAUGCUAUGCAACACAGAAGAUGAUUGUACAAACCUUGUCAAGUUACUUCCUUCCACAGAAGCCGCUCUUCUCGAUUGGGCGAUAAAUUUGAUGGCUGAUGUUGUUGAGUAUGAGCAGUUCAAUAAGAUGAAUGCGCGCAAUGUAGCUAUGGUUUUCGCGCCUAAUAUGACACAGAUGGCAGAUCCUUUAACUGCAUUGAUUCAUGCAGUACAAGUUAUGAACUUCUUAAAGACAUUGAUUUUGAAGACACUUCGAGAACGAGACGAAUCGAUUUCAAAUUCAAGAUUGCUUUCAAAUAGCAUGGAUUUCACCUCCUGCAAAGAUGAGUUUCCUCCCUUCAACUUCAACCGCGAGGAAUCAUCGUGUGAACUAACCGAGGAUGAUUGUGACAAAAAGGCAUCAACUACCAAAAGAAAAUUCUCAAGGACUUCUACCUUAGGAAGAAUAGAAUGGAGUGUAGAGAAACUCCGAAGCUCCGAGGAAAAGAGAAAUCGUGACGAGGUAUUCAAAUCUUUUUCAGCUGAUAGCGCGACUUCUACAUUUGACAGUGGUCCGUUAGAAAGUAGUUAUAGUUAUCGACGUAAAUAUGACAGCGAACAUUGGUUGCGAUUGAGAAAUGGCGUGCGCAAGUUAUGCAGGCACCCGGUAUUUCAAUUGAGCAAGCCGUUUAAGAAGUCGGCAAGUCUUGGCAUUGUAAAUACUAGGGAUGCAGGAGGAGGAGAAGCUUGGGCUUGA